AAUUCAAACUCACUUUCAAAUCCACCUCAGACCAUUUAUGUCACACUCCUCCCCCAUAGUCUAUCUCGUAUCCCCUUUUCCCACUCGAAAACUGGUACUCUUGAAGCUCGAAACACUCUACAACGGAGUCAAGCGCGGGCUUGUUACAAGCUGACGGUUAUCUACUCAGGCGAGAUUCCAUGUGAAGUUUUCAGAUCAGCUGCUCCAAAGUUUACUGGUGUUUCUUGGUUUUACACAUCUUCACACUUAGGGCUUCAUUUUCUCUUUAACGCACUUACUGGCUGUUCACCGCAAUGGCUUCUGAAACCCUAGAAGAGAAGAAAUCCGACGAUGGAUCUCCUGUCAAGGAGAAAGAAGAGGGCAAAGAGGAAAGCAAAGAACACGAAGAGGGAGUCAAGGAGAAAGCAGAGGACGGAGAGGAAGACAAUGAGAGAGGAGAUUCAGAGAUGGCGGUUAAGGAUGAUACUCCAGAAGAGAAAGAGUCCGAAAAGGUAGAAGCUGCGGAGGAAGAGAAAGAAUUGAAGGAGAGCGAGGGAGGAAACAAGAAAGUCAAAGUGAGUCGCAAGCGCGGUUUGAAGAAGGGUGGCGACGAAUCAGAAAAAUCCGGGGAGGACUCGACUCAGAAGAAGCAGGCAAAGAGGAAGUUGAGCUCGGAUGAACCGGUUACACCCGUUGAGAGACCCGUACGAGAGAGGAAAACCGUGGAGCGCUACUCAGAGCCAUCGUCCGAGAAGGUUUCGGCGACUAAGGGGUUUUCUAUUUCUAAGGGUCGUGGUAUCCCGCUCAAGGACAUUCCAAAUGUGGCUUUCAAAUUGUCAAAGAGAAAGGGCGAUGAAAACCUUCAAUUGCUUCACACGAUUCUUUUUGGAAAGAAGACGAAGGUACAUAAUGUGAAAAGAAACAUAAAUCAGUUUUCUGGUUUUGUGUGGACUGAGAGUGAGGAAAAACAUAGGGCAAAGAUAAAAGAAAAGCUUGACAAAUGUGUUAAGGAAAAGUUGUUGGAUUUCUGUGAUGUGCUUGAUAUUCCUGUUAACAGGGCUGCUACAAGAAAGGAAGAAUUAUCGGUGAAAUUAUUGGAGUUUUUGGAAUCUCCCCAUGCAACAACAGAAAUCUCUCUUGCUGACAAGGAACAGGCGCAGAAAAGUAAAAAACGCAAGAGAAAGACACCAUCAAGUACAAAAAAAGCAUCUGGAGAAGGAUCUAGCAAGAAGCGGAUACGAAGCACUGGAGUUGAUAAAAAACAAAAGCGCAAGGCUGAAGAGGAGGUUGAAGAUGAGGAUGAAUCUACUGACGUAAAAGCUGAUUCUGAUGAAGGUGAUGAUAGCGACAAAGUGCAAAAAGAAAGUGAUCAUGAUGCAAGUGAUUCAGGGGAAAGUGAAUCAGAAAGGGAGGAAGACAAACCAAAGGGGCAGAGACAAAGCAAAAAGGUGUCUGCCAAGAAGAAAACCAAGGACACAGAAUCCAAGAGCAAGGAUACAUCUGCACCAGUCAAAAAGGGUACACCUGCAAAAUUUGCUAAAAGCCCUUCAAAAUCAGCAAAAAGUCCCUCUAAGUCUACUGUAGAAAAAGCUUCUGCUUCUGAUAGAGUUUCCAGCUCACCUUCUAAAUCUAAGGCGUUGUCAAGCAAAAAGCAACUGGGGUAUGAAAAGAAAAGUGAGAAGAAUAUAACUACGUCCAGUAAAGACAAAACAAGCAAAAAACCAGGAGGCAAGUCUGCAGGAAAAAUUCUUACCAAGGAUCAAGAGAGGAGCAAAGCAAAGGUGAAGGGCAAGGUGGAACCAAGCAGAGAAGAGAUGCAUGCUGCAGUCACUGAUAUCGUCAAAGAAGUGGAUUUUAAUACUGCCACUCUGUCAGAUAUUCUCAGGCAGUUAGGUACUCAUUUUGGAAUGGAUCUAAUGCAUAGAAAAGGGGAGGUGAAAAGUAUAAUCGAAGAAGUAAUAAACAAUAUGACAGAUGAGGAAGAUGAGGAAGAUGCCGAGGAGGCUGACAACGAUGCGGAAUAAGAGUAGAUAUACUACUGUUGAUGUAGAGUAAGAGGGAUUUUGAGAUAAUGCAAUCUAGAUCGUUCUAUUUGGCCCAGAAAUCUCACUUCGUGGUGCGUUUCAUACACAUUUACAGCUGUACAAGUUUUCCUAGGUGAUUAAUUAUUGUUGAGCAUCCGUGGAACCAUGUUUCUUGAGCAUUUUUAAGUUGAAUGCUGCUUCGGCUUGUAUGUACUAUAGAAGCGAAUUUAUUUCUUCUGAUACCUUGUAUGCAAUGAUUUGUAUUUCUGCAUCGAAUGGACUAUUUAUUGUAUGAUUACUGAUACUGGUGCGCAUGAGCAUUUGUUUCGCA